AUGUCUCACCGUCACAACACCCUUGAUAACGAUGAAUGGUUGCUCAAGGGCAACAGCCUGUGGAGUGAGAAUGGCGUGUACGAAUUCAGAAUGCAGCAAGACGGCAAAAUUGUUGUGUACGAGAACGGCAACCCAAAGUGGCAAAACACCAAGGAGCAGCGCUCCGACGUGAAGGGAGUCAAAAUGCAGGCAGAUGGAAACCUGGUCGUCUACACCGACAGCGGCGAAAACAUCUGGUCCUCUAAAACCUCUCCUAAGAAGGACGUCAUCCUUGUCAUCCAGAAUGAUGGCAACCUCGUUCUUUACAAGGGUGACCCAGUCUGGGCCACUUCGACUACCCCCAGUGCUUAG